UCUCAUCGUUCGAUUUUUUAUAUGUAAAAUGGAUAAAAUUUGUUUCAAAAAGAUGAUCAGUCAAUUCAAUUAACAUCUCAAAAUCAUUCAAGAAGAAUGCAAAAAUAUGAAAAACUAGAGAAAAUUGGUGAAGGUACUUAUGGUACAGUGUUUAAGGGUAAAAAUCGUGAAACCGGUGAAAUAGUUGCAUUGAAACGUGUACGUUUAGAUGAUGAUGAUGAAGGCGUACCAUCAUCGGCAUUACGAGAAAUAUGUCUACUCAAAGAAUUGGAACAUCGAAAUAUUGUCCGGCUUUAUGAUGUUCUGCAUAGCGAAAAGAAAUUGACACUUGUUUUCGAACAUUGUGACCAAGAUCUAAAGAAAUAUUUCGACAGUUUAAAUGGUGAAAUCGAUCCGGAUGUUGUCAAAAGUUUUAUGUUUCAAUUACUGCGUGGAUUGGAAUUUUGUCACAGUCACAAUGUAUUACAUCGAGAUUUGAAACCACAGAAUCUAUUGAUCAAUAAAAAUGGUGAACUAAAAUUGGCCGAUUUUGGUCUGGCACGUGCAUUCGGUAUACCGGUUCGUUGUUUUUCGGCCGAAGUUGUUACGCUUUGGUAUCGACCACCAGAUGUUCUUUUUGGUGCCAAAUUGUAUACCACUUCUAUUGAUUGUUGGUCAGCUGGUUGUAUAUUUGCCGAAUUAGCUAAUGCUGGACGACCAUUAUUUCCUGGAAGCGAUGUUGAUGAUCAAUUGAAACGAAUAUUUAAAUUACUAGGCACACCUACCGAAGAUACAUGGCCCGGUGUAUCACAGUUACCGGAUUUUAAAAUUUUCCCCUAUUAUCAGCCGACGGCAAAUUUUAUGCAAGUUGUACCGAAAUUAAAUACAAAAGGACGUGAUCUAUUACAGAAAUUGCUGGUCUGCAAUCCAUCACAACGAAUGUCGGCAAAAGAUGCAAUGAAUCAUUCAUAUUUUAUUGAUUUACCAUCAUCCAUACGAAACAAUAGCAGCUAGUCAGUCAUCAUCAUCAUAUAGAUUAUUUAUUAUGAAAAAUUUUGCAUUUUUUCAAUUUUUUAAUAAAUUUUGUA